GGAGUCUCUACGUCACGUGACCUUGAGAGAAACUGCUGUAUAAAAGGCUCUGGUCUGCCUAGGAAGCCAUCAGUCGCCUUCACAUUUCUCUACCAACAUGACUGCCAAGGUACUGGUAUUAGCUGCCGUCGUGGCUGCCACCCUCGCCCGCCCUGAGCCUCCCACAGGGUAUCACAAACCAUCCUAUGGUGCUCCAGCUUAUCCUGACACUCCUCCUCAGUACAACUCACAGUACGCCGUAAGAGACGACUACUCCGGCAACGACUUCGGUCACCAAGAGUCUCGCGACGGCUACGACACCAAGGGUACUUAUUACGUCCAGCUUCCCGACGGUCGCCAGCAGAAGGUGACUUAUGGAGUGAGCGGCGACUCCGGCUACGUACCUGUAGUGAGCUACGAGGGCGAGGCCAAGUACCCCGCCUACCAGCCCGCCCCAGCCUACAAGCCCGCCUCAGCCUACAAGCCCACCCCCGCCUACAAGCCCGCUCCCAGCUACACACCCGCCCCAGCUUAUGCAUAAUCUGACCAGACAAUAUAUAUGC